AUGGCUUUCGUUUCCAACGGGUCUGAGUACGACUUCAUCAUUGUCGGCGGUGGUACCGCUGGCAAUGCAAUUGCUGGUCGUCUCGCGGAGAACCCCAACGUCCGCAUUCUGGUUGUCGAAGCGGGUAUCCCCAACCCUGAUCAAAUCGAGCAAAUCACCACCCCGUCUAAAGCUUUCACCCUUCGCGGAAGCAAGUACGACUGGGCUUACAAAACCACCAUGAUCAAGCGCGAUGAUUACGAGCGUGUUGAAAAGCCCAACACUCGCGGAAAAGCCCUCGGUGGCAGCUCCUGCGCCAACUACUUCACCUGGAUUCCGGGCUCCAAGCCCACCUUUGACGACUGGGAAGCAUUUGGCGGCCGCGACUGGAAUUGGGACUCCUGUGUGGAGUAUCUCCGCAAAUGUGCCACCUAUCAUGAUGACGAGAAGCUGUAUCCAGCCGAGCUGAGCAAGAUUGGAACCGGGGGCCCUGUGCAGAUCUCCCAUGCCGACUUGGUGCCUGAGAUGAAGCCAUUCCGUGAUGCACUCACUGAAGCCUGGGUUUCCAAGGGCCAGCCUCUGAGCGAGGACAUCUACUCCGGCGAGAUGAAGGGUCUCACCCACUGUGUGGAUACCAUCUACCAGGGCGAGCGUCAGGGUAGCUUCCUUUACCUGAAGAACAAGCCUAAUGUGACAAUCCUCUAUGGCGUUCGCUCGAAGAAGCUACUCAUUGACCCUACCACACGUAUCUGCUCCGGUGUCAGUGUGAUCAGUGAAGCUUUCGAUCAGGAGAUCAGCGUCUACGCUAGUCGAGAGGUCAUCCUAUCUCAGGGUGUCUUCGAGACUCCUAAGCUUCUUAUGCUGAGUGGAGUCGGCCCCGCAGCGGAACUAGCCAAGCACGAAAUCACUCCCAUUGUGGAAUCCCCCCACGUCGGCCAGCAUCUACUCGACCACCCAAUCGUUCCUUUUGUUCUCGAGGUCAAGGAUGGUUACAGUUUGGAUGACCAUGUCCUCCGUACUGGUCCUCUCAAUGACAAGGCACUUUCCACUUACCAGAAGGACAAGACUGGCCCUGCAAGCUCCGGAUUCUUGGAACUGGUUGGAUUUCCCCGCAUUGACGAACGCCUGGAAAAGUAUCCUGCCUACCGCGAGGCCAAAGCUGCCAAUGGAGGACUUGAUCCUUUCGGCCCGGCAGGACAACCUCACUUCGAGCUGGAUUUCGUCGGCUUGUUCAGCACCGCCUUCCAGUGGCAUUACCCUAUGCCCGAGAAGGGCAACUACAUGACCGUCAUUGUUGACCUGCUGCGCCCUCUUUCCGAGGGUGAAGUCACCCUGAACAGCUCGAACCCACAGGUUCAGCCGAAUAUCAAUCUCAACUUCUUCGGAAAUGACCUGGACAUUCUGGCCAUGCGGGAGGGUGUACGCUGGACAUAUGAUCUUUUGACCAAGGGUGCUGGGUUUAAGGAUAUUGUUCUCUCGGAGUACCCCUGGAAGAUGCCCCUUCAUUCCGAUGACGAUAUGAACCGUGCUGUUUUGGAUCGCAGCCAGACCGGAUUCCAUCCAUGUGGUACGGCACGUCUCUCGAAGAGCAUCCACCAGGGUGUUGUUGACUCAAAGCUCCGAGUUCAUGGUGUGCGCAACCUCAGAAUCGCAGAUGCUUCUGUCAUCCCUGUGAUCCCUGAUUGCCGUAUUCAAAACUCGGUCUACAUGAUUGGCGAAAAGGGCGCGGAUAUUAUCAAAUCCGACCACAAGGAUCUAUACGAGGCUAAGAACAUCCCUUACCUUGUCUCUAGUAAACUUUGA